UGGAAGUGUUACAGCCAAAUAGUUUGAGUAGACACUCUUUUGCUUCCUGCCCGCCCGCCUGCCUCGCUCGCUUUGCUCUGCGGCUGAGAGAGAGACGCUGAGAGAGAAAAUCCCUGUCUAGGCAUGGACCUCUGGCUGCGGUGCUCGGCGGCUCGCGAGGAAUGACAACAGCUCACAUGGUCAUUAACUCCUCUUGCCGGGGCUGAAGGGAGAACCACACCGGAGCCAACGGGUGCCUCCUGUGUUUGGGACUAAAACGGAAGCUCACAGCGACGCUCCGGGAACGUAUAAACCGAGAUCAGACAGAAAGUGCCUUUUGAGUUACCAUCCCUACUUGAAGACUUUGUCCAAAGAGCUCCGGAUAUUCCUCUGCGGUCUCUGCUGGCCAUAGCUUCAAAUCCCACCUGGUUUGUCCUCGUCUGCGCUUUUUGUGUGAAUAAACCCCGAGUUAAAGCUGAAGCCGAACCUCUCCGCUCCUGGCCAGUGUGCCAAAGCUUAAAGGCGCAUCGAAGGGAAGAGCUGCACACCUUUGUGCUGUCCUAAAAUGUGCCAUUGUACCUGAAAAUAGGGCCACCUUUGCUCCCCAACACCCACUCACCCCUUUCGAAAGAGAUCAUUACUCAUAAAAAGGACAUUUUGGGGACAGUGGUGUGUCCAAUACAAGCAUGAUCCCUCUGCCUCGCCAGAGAUCUGCUCUUGAGAUUUACUGAUUGAUGAUGAUUGAUUGAAUCUGUUUGACUGACACAUAGUUGUUCAUCCCAUGCUCAGGUUUCUCCACUAGAUUUCCUGUUUUUUUUUGGGUUUUUUUCUUUUAGUCCGCAAAGACAAAGCACCUCCACUGACCUGAGGCAGAGUAUUUUUAGCUGCAUGUUCCAUUGGUUUUACUUUUGAUUUUAUGUGUUUUUAACCCGGAGCUCUUUGUCAAAGCACCUCCUCCCCGAACCGAGCGGCUCCCUCUCCUCCCUCCUGCCCCGCGGCCAUCAGACCCCCUUUCGACAUGGCUCUAAACAUAGCCUCGAUACGGGACACAAAAUGGCUGACCCUGGAAGUGUGCCGGCAGUUUCAGCGAGGGACGUGUUCGCGCAGUGACGAGGAAUGCAAAUUCGCCCACCCACCCAAAAGCUGCCAGGUGGAGAACGGGAGAGUGAUCGCCUGCUUUGACUCGCUAAAGGGACGCUGCACGCGAGAGAACUGCAAAUACCUCCACCCGCCGGCUCACCUGAAGACCCAGCUGGAGAUCAACGGCCGGAACAACCUGAUCCAGCAGAAGACGGCGGCCGCCAUGUUGGCUCAGCAGAUGCAGUUCAUGAUCCCCGGAACAACCAUGCAGCCCGUGUGCCUUGCAUUUUACUCGAGAACGCUGCAAGGAGAAACCUCUGAUCUCCGUCUUCAGCAGACGUUUCCGGUCAGCCAGGGCCUUGGAUCCAGCGCAGGCUUGAGCUACACGCCUUACCUGACCCCGAUGUCCCACAGCAUGGGCCUGGUCCCCACAGACAUCCUGCCCAGCACUCCCGUCAUCGUCCCCGGCAGCCCACCCGUGUCAGUGACGGCCGGUUCGUCCUCCAACCAGAAACUCCUGCGUGCCGACAAACUGGAGGUUUGCCGCGAGUUCCAGCGGGGCAACUGCGCCCGCGGCGAGACAGACUGCCGCUUCGCGCACCCGAGCGACAGCCCCAUGAUCGACACCAGCGACAACACGGUCACCGUGUGCAUGGACUACAUCAAGAGCCGCUGCUCCCGCGAGAAGUGCAAGUACUUCCACCCCCCGGCCCACCUGCAGGCCAAGAUCAAGGCGGCCCAGCACCAGGCCAACCAGACGGCCGUGGCCGCACAAGCUGCAGCCACGGCUGCAGCCAUGACUCAGUCGACUGCCAAAGCAAUGAAGCGACCCCUCGAGGCAACUGUAGACCUGGCGUUCCCCCACGGCGUCCUCCAGCCGCUACCAAAGAGACCAGCGCUUGAGAAGAGCAACGGAGCCGGCUCUCUGUUCAACCCCAGUGUUUUGCACUACCAGCAGGCGCUGGCCAACGCACAGCUCCAGCAGCCCGCUUUCUUUCACACAGGGUCAGUGUUGUGCAUGACCCCUGCUAGCAGUCUUGUCCCAAUGAUGUACAGUGCUACGCCUGCUACUGUCUCUGCAGCAACAACUCCUGCCACAAGUGUCCCCUACGCAGCAACAGCACCAGCCAAUCAGAUCAUCCUGAAGUGAGCGUCACCACGGAGACGGAGUGUCACGAAGCUGGACUAGGAAGCCCAAAACAGCCCCUCUGUAAAUACUACCUUGCCUCUCCCAUAGAGGUCCAGCAACCUGCAUGCUAAGAGUGUAACACUUCAAUUUAACAACCAGAACUGCAGAGCUGCUGUAACACACACACACAUGCACAUAGAAAACAAAAGAUAUACACACACAUAUAUAUAUAUAUAUCUACACAUAUAUAUAUAUAAAAUACUGUAUGUAUUGCUAGAAAACAGAAUAUGAACAUGAAAAAGUCACAAAUAUUCUUAUGUAUAGUGCAGACACACUAUUGAUACAGUGGAGUAUCAACUCUUGGAUAUUUAUUUUAGAACUUCAGAGCAGCGUUCACCCCGACAGCCACACCUUCACGUCCCUUCGCUGUUUCAAACGAUAGCCUGCCCCAGACGCCAACAUUUUCUGCCCGGAAGCAUCUCGCCACGAGAGCGUCACGCGCUCUUUCCAUUUUUCUUUUUGCCAUCGCCCCGUCGCUGCAGAGUCGACCCGCUCGCCCUUUAUUUGCCGUGAGUUCAGCUUGUUCGCAUGCAGUCCGGACUGGAGAAGCCUGACGAGGCUCGGGCCUGCGCCAAGGGCUCGACAGAAGCUGGAGGGGUUAGCUUCAGUCAUACCAAGCCUUUUGUGUGUGUACGUGCGACUGUGUGCGUUGUGUGUGUCGUUGUCAGGAAACUGAUGGUCUGCCGGCAGACUGCGACUUUAAGCGAGGACUUGCAACUCCAGGUCUGGUCAAUGAGGUUUUUCUUUUUUCUUUUUGUUUAUUCUUUAGAACCGGGGGACAUGUGAGGGACUUAAGUGCUAAAUCUAAAUAUAAAAACAACAACAACAAAAAAAACUUUAAAAAAAAAAACAAAAACAAAGAAAAUGGUGCAUUUGACGACUCUCGUCAAGCAAAAAGAUGACUUGAACUUUGAACUGGAGGGCUAUCUGUGACCGUCGGUUGUCCUGUCCAACCCUACUUUCACCGAUAAUCCUGUUUCCAUUUUAGAAAACUGUAGAAGUGCCUCAAAAAAAAAUUUUAAAAGAAGCUCAUCGACAACACAUAAAGCAUCCAGGGUGUGGAUCACUAAGAGUCACAAAAAAAACCCACCGGCUGUUAAAUCCAUGUGGACUCUUUUCGGGGAAAGACAUUACACGUCGCGUUGCUGGGCAGGACAGGAGGGGAGAGGGGACAACUUCCCUGGCAACGGCUCAUCUUACAUCACAAGUGACUUUACUGCGAGGAGAGAAUUUAAAGGAUCGACAAAUCAAAACUAGCUUUGUAGAAUGUUUGGUGACGUUUCACAGUGUAUCCGUCGUUUCUUACAUCGGUUUCAGUAGUUUACACGAGGAAAGUGAGUGAGAAAACAACGUAUUGUAAACUGUGUAAUGUAUGUAAAGUGUCUGUUAUUUUGACAGUUUCUAUUCACGGUUCUAGAAAAUGUAUUCAGACUUAUUUAAAGAAGUUGUGUUGUGUCUACUAUCAAGGUGUGUUUGACCCUCCGCCUCCCGUAACGAGUGUUCGUUUUUCAAGGCCAAGACAAGAAAAAUCUCAUUUGGGUUUGCUUUUAUUAUUUUAUUUUUGUUCUUGAAGUUUUUCUCCAUUCGAUCAAAAAUUUCUGAUGUAAUCUCAUGGUGCUUGAUCAACACUGACAAUCCACAAUCGAAACGGCUUGUUUUCAUGCACAUUGUGACCCAUAUGUUCACCGUAGCAACAAUGAUGUAAUAAUGGCUGAUAAUCGGAUUUGGGUCAUUUUAAAUAUAAUAUUGUUGUGAAGCUUUUGAGCCAAUAAGCUAGCAUGACACCUUAUGUCAUCCAGCAUAAAUCUUUAUAAGCAUCUUUUAAAGCAACUGGGAAAAAUUGGCUUUAUUUGUGAUAAUUGCAGCCCUGUUUAUGCAGGUAUUGCCGCCCCAAAAAACGCCCAAAGUAGGAUUCUUGAUACCUAAAAGGUUCCCUACAGAAAAAAUGAAUUAAACUCUAUAAAAAUCAUAUAAGUGCUAAAUUUGACUCUAAUCAGACCUUCAAAGUGUUCAACAAUUUUUUACAUUUUUCUCAUUUAAUUAAAAAGAAUUCUAAUUAUAUAAAUAUAAAUUGUGUAGUGCAGAGUGGAAUGAUUUGGGAAUUGUGAUGGUUUUAACUAGUCUAUUUUGUGUUGCAAUAAUUUAUUUCUAUGCAAUAGCACAACAAAGUACAACAAAGGGGUCCCACUUUGACCCCUCUAUCUGUUGUGCUGCCAACUAGUGGUUGAAUAUGUAAUUCCAUGACAAGAAAAGAAAAUAACCCCUUACAUUUUUAAAAUGUGUAUAAGGAAUCAGUUUUUUGUGUCAGAAAUGUCUGAAUAAAGUAGACUGUUAUUUGAUUAUACAGUUGACAUAAGAUGAAAAAAGGUAUUUUUAUGUGGUGGCCAACAAUGGGAACCAAUUUGGGCGGUGGAUUCUAAGGAUGUAACUUUGAACUUUUUGAGGAUUAAGGGGAAGUGAGGUGGAGAUUUUUAACAUUCAUUCAAACUGUUUAUAUUUGUAAAAUUCAAUGUCACAUUGACAAAAACAUCAGCAAUUAAGAAGUGAAGAGUGGCUAAAAGGGAACAAUUGGGUCUACAGAAGUUAAUGCUAACAGCGUGAGAACUAAUUAUGCUUUUAGCAAAAUGUCAAAUUAAUGGCCCACAAACUUAUUAUUGGUUCCAUUCCCCUUUCAUAACAUUUCAAAUGGCCGUUAUUGGUAUUUGUUGCGCUGCUGGUCAUUAUUACCUUAUCGGUUGCUACACACCCUUUUGUGAAAGGCGGAAAAUUGUCCUAUUUUGUUGUAAUUUAUCUUGCGUCACUCUAGGUGAGAUUUUACUCAAAAAUGAUGUUGUAAACUAUCCUGUUUUGAGAUGAAUGUAAUUUAUUGAGCUGUGCAGCGUUUCUGCACAGGUCAGUUGUCUUUUUUUUUUUUUUUUUUUUUUUUAAGGCCAACCCCUCCGUUGAGCCGGCAGAUGAGGAGUCACACGGCGGCGGGGGAGGCUUGAAAAGCUCUCCCCAGCAAUGGAACUGGAAACAUUUCUGGAUCUUUCUCGCCCUCUCGUCGAGGUUAAAAAGAAAAAAAUAA